CUCUUUCGUGUUUUGUUCAUUUGAGUACCAGUGCACAGUACUCUUCUCUGUCGUCGGGGUUUUUCUAUUUUAUUGUCUUGGUGAAGCACAGCAAACAGUCAUUGUGCUGUAUUCAGGCCAGAGGAAACAGUUCGUCUUUCUCCAGUGAUGAGUCAUGAGCAGUCUACUGGUGCAGGUCUAGAGCAGCGUCUCGCUGCUCUUGACGUGUCUCAACCCGGCUCCGGCCAGCAACGGCUGGGAGGGUCACAGACCCGAACUAGUUACGUUCCGCCGCACCUACGUGGAGGUGGUGGCAGCGGAGCCCCUGACCAAUUCCGGCAGCCACCUCAAGACUUUAGCGGCGGCGGUGGUGGUGGUGGUUAUAGUGGAGGAGGCCCACCGCCCAGUGGUGGAGGUGGUGGUGGUUAUUCUGGUGGUGGCGGUGGCGGAGGCUACGGUGGUGGUCAGGGCUACGCUGGUGGUCCCCCUCAGGGUGGCUUCGGAGGUGGAGGUGGCGGCUAUCGCGGCAGUGGCGGCGGCGGUGGACGUGACUUUGGCGGCGGCGGCGGUGGUUAUGGAGGUCGUACUCGUGGCUUCUCCAAUGGCUAUGGAGGAGGAGGCGGCGGCGGUGGAGGCCAAGGCUUUGAUGGCGGAUAUCGGCGUGACGGGGGCUACCGUGAAGGACCGUCGAGCAGCCGCGGGUACAGCGGCGGUGGAAGCCGCAGCUUCUAUGAUAAGAGCACGAACUACAAUAGCAUCACCGCCGAGGACUGGGCCAGGCCUUUGGAUCGCGAUGAGAAGCUAGAACGAGAGCUGUUCUCCAGCGGACCCACAGGUAUCAACUUUGACAAGUAUGACGAUAUCCCUGUUGAUGCCACCGGCAACGACGUACCCCAGUCAAUUUCAGACUUUGGAGACAUCAUCCUGGCGGAGAGUUUGAAGGAGUGCAUUGCGCUGGCCAACUAUCGCCAGCCCACACCGGUCCAGAAGUAUUCCCUGCCCAUCGUCACGGCAUCACGUGACCUCAUGGCAUGUGCACAAACUGGAUCUGGCAAGACCGCAGCUUUCCUUGUGCCGGUUCUCAAUCAGAUCCUGAAAGGAGGCCCGCCAACGAUGCCGGAAUCGGCACGUGGCUACAGUGGUCGUCGCCGCCAGUGCCAGUAUCCUAUGGCGCUGGUGAUUGCACCCACACGUGAGCUGGCCCUGCAGAUCUACGCCGAGGGCAAGAAGUUCUCCUACCGCUCUCACGUGCGCCCGUGCGUGUGCUACGGAGGCGCCGAUAUCAACGUGCAGAUGAAGGACAUUGAGAGAGGCUGCCAUCUGCUGGUGGCCACGCCAGGACGUCUCGUUGAUCUGAUGGAGCGUGGACGCGUGGCCAUGGAUUGCAUCAAGUAUCUCACCCUGGAUGAAGCUGAUCGCAUGCUCGACAUGGGUUUUGAGCCGCAGAUCCGCCAGAUUGUGGAGGACAAGAGCAUGCCGAGCACCAAGGACCGCCAAACUCUCAUGUUCAGUGCCACCUUUCCCAAAGAAAUUCAGAUGCUGGCCCGUGACUUCCUCAACGAUUACGUGUUCUUGGCUGUUGGUCGUGUUGGCUCUACAAGUGAGAACAUCACACAGAAGGUGGUGUGGGUGGACGAAGCUGACAAGCGUUCCUUUCUCCUUGACCUGCUUAACGCCACAGGUAAUGGUGACAUGACAGGACCACGUGCGUUGACACUGGUGUUUGUGGAGACACGCAAGGGCGCCGACGCCCUGGAGCACUUCCUGUACAGCGAGCGCUACCCGGCCACGUCCAUCCACGGCGACCGCAGUCAGCGCGAGCGAGAGCACUCUCUGGCGACGUUCCGCGACGGUCGCACGCCAAUCCUGGUGGCGACGGCAGUGGCUGCUCGCGGCCUGGACAUUCCCAACGUGAAGCACGUCGUCAACUUUGACAUGCCCAACGACAUCGAGGAGUACGUUCACCGCAUCGGUCGUACUGGCCGCGUGGGCAACUUGGGCUUGGCUACAUCUUUCUUCAACGAGAAGAAUCGCAACAUUGCCCGUGACCUGCAUGAGCUGCUGGUUGAGUCCAAGCAGGAGAUACCGACAUGGAUCGAGUCAUUGAGCCGUCAGUCCAGCUUUAGUGGUGGAAGAGGCCGACGCCGCACUGGUGGCGGAGGAGGCUUUGGCGGCCGUGACUAUCGACAACAUGGCGGACACCCGGGAGGUCAUCGCGGUGGCGGUGGCGGUGGCUUCGGCGGUGGUGGUGGUGGUGGCUACUCCGGCGGCGGCGGUGGCGGCGGCGGUGGUGGCGGCGGAAUGCCCCACUAUGGCGGUUACCCAGCUCAGUACGGUGGAGGUGGUCGUUCGGGCGGCAGCAGCGGAGCUGCCGACUGGUGGAACUAGGCCAGGCGUCGGUCGGUUUCUCUGGUGUGCAGGUCUUGAUGCAUUUUCAUCUCGCGCUGCUGCUGCUGCGUUUUAGUUUCACGCGGCAGCGGCUCACUUAAAGCAACUGCAUUUGGGUAUGUUGCAUGCCGUCUGAAUACAUUUGCCACGGCAAACUCCUGCUUCAAGGAGCUGAGUAGUGAAGGAGUCCCUCAUGAUCUGAGGCCGAUUAGCUGGUAUCUGAUUGCUGGUGUUGCAUUCCAGCAGCGGAUGCGCAAGCAACAGCGUUCCUGUCCCUGUCCCGCAGGCGUACAUCGUCGUCGUUCUCAAGCCAUUCUUCCUCGCAGCUCUCUGUGUUUUCUCAGCUCAGCAGGUGUUCCACGUGUCCACUGCUGCGUCUGUUUCACUGCAUUCCGUUCUGUUGUGUUUCGCUUUCCCCAACUGAUCAUGCAUGCAUCUUGUGACUCAACGUCAUCACCAUGAGGUAUUGUUUACUGUGGUAUUUGGCCCUCGCAUGUGCGCUGGUCGCGCUCUCUCCGAGUCUGUGCGCGCGGCCGCAACUUCCCCAUCACGGCGGUCUAGUACAGCAGCUAGCGCAUCGGCCCGACACCGGCAGGUCUGGCAACUCCGUAGUGACUCCGUAGUACAGUGUCUGCCAGCAGACCGAGAAGCAAGGCAGCUGUUCGUUUUGUCUUCUCUCUAGUUCCGGCAUCUCGUCGUCUUUAGUUGGUUGUGAGUUUGUUGAUAUUUCUCACUUGUUCCAGGCAGAUGUCUGCGUGCGCCACCAACCGAGUCUAGAUCUGUUGAGCAUUACUGCCUUUGUCUCAGGCCUUGACUGUUCCUGUACGCUGGCAGUAUCCACGAUAUUGAUUGUGAAGCUGACAAAUGCUCGACAGCUACGUGUUCUUGAUUUCAACGUGUAUCUGCUGGUGUUGCCCCUGCUGCUGCUGCUGUUCCUCAUUAUUUCUACUUCCCUUGACGCUCUACCUUGCAGGCUAUUGGUUUCAGCGCCACCGAAUUAACGGAAUCUCAUCCUUUGUUUGUCGGGUGUGACAUGAAAUUGUCGCGUUGAGGGCACCGUCGUGUGUGCCCUGCUGAUGCGACACUAGUGAACUUGAAAUUCCGUUUGAGAACCUGCUGCCUGCCUCGUCAUGCUAAUAGCUUUUUUUUUUUUUGAGAAAAUGAGGAGCUGAAGCAUCUAUAUCUUAUUUACAUCUCAACGACAACACUGCCUUGCUUUUGUUGUGUUGAUAAUUAUCGUGACUCGUUGUCAAAAUCCCCUACGGCAUGUGCCACUACAGUGUCGAUAUUUAGUUAUUGCCGCUUCGAAUCUUUCAUCAGUAAGUUAUCCAGUACCUCAUGCUGGCCACAAGACCACAGUUUGCAAAAUUCCAUGUUUCCUCAACCUUUCCUCUUUGUUUUUUUUUACUCUUUCUCUCUAGCUCUCUCCGAUCUAGCUGCAUGUUAGGCGACCGUAGAGUAGUUUUUCUUCCAUAGAGCCCAUAGCAUGGGCAUUAUCAGUUUAUCACAUACUCGCAAUCCAUUACUUGCAAGUACAAUUUGCAUGCAUUCCCUAGGAUAAUAAUAAUAUUAUGUCUGUAACGAAUUUCAAGACCUGCCCUACGAGAAACCAAAAAUUAUAAUAGUUUUUUUCUGCGUUCUUGCUGCUUUUUAGCCCUUUCGUUGUCACGAAAACACAGGAGUUUCCUGCAGCAUUUUCCAAUGCUUUUUAGAAAGCGUUCAAAUAA